AUGUUCAAGGCCAACAAAGGGCCCCACUAUGCCCGCGAGCUGCACAAUGCACGCCUCCGUGGUCUCGCGUUCUGGCACACGGACCCUGCACACGAAGCACCGGCCGAUCGCGACGCUGGGCCCCAGGGACCCGGCGGCGCCUCCGCGGACGCCUUUCAUACCCUGCUUCGCAAGUUCAGCAAGCACAACCCCCAGUCGCUCACGACCGCGCGCAUCGCGACUAUCGAGCACGACAUGCAGCGCUACAUGUCCACCUUUCUCCGUGCACAGGGCUUCCGCGAUGCAUCGCACGCCAACGACGGCCCCAGCGGCGCCGCCCUGCCCCCCGUCAUGGACGCGAGCGACGCGUCCGCGAAGCAGGUGCAGGACCUCGUCGCCGAGCUGCAGUCGCUCGCGCGCGCCACGGCCGGCGAUUCGUACGAUGCCACGGCGUGCGUGGCACUCUCGGCCUUGGGCCUCUUCCUGCUAGGUCGCGAUGAGGAGGUGACGCAGCUUGUCACGCAGACACACCUCCUGCAGAUGGACCCCAGCGCCGGCACCCCGGCCACUGAGCACCACGUCGCGCUCGCGAUGAUGGGCGCCGUCCUGCACGGCAUGGCGCAGGAGCGCUCCCGCGCCGACCUGAGCGGGGCGCUCCAGGCGUACAGCUACGCCAUCCGCCUGCACGAGCGCAUGCGCAGCGGCGCAGCGGUCGCACGCACCAUGCCCUUUGUCGAUGAGAUGGAGCGCUGGGCCGAGACGGCGCUGUACCGCUCAGCGCUCCUCACGCUGCGCCUGCGCGGCACCGAAGCCGGUGUCGAGGCCCUGCGUGUGUACCAGGCGCACGAGACGCGCUGGCCCUCCUGGUUCUGCCUGACGCAGCGCAACGUGCUGCGCUCGCUGCAUGCCGAUCUGCUCAACCAGCAGCGCGGCUCGGUCGGCGCGCUGGCGCCGGGCACCGUGCGUGCCCCUGAUGCGACGGGCCCCCGCACGACCUCGACACGCCGCCCCCACGGCGCGGCGGCCCUCGGUGCUGCACCGCCGUCCUGGUCAGCCGAGUAUGCCAAGCUCAAGACAAGUGCAGCACAGCUCCUGCAGUCGACGCCGUCGUUUCCCCACGCAAACGAGUCUAAUGCGCAGGCGGAGCGCCUCGCUGAGCAGCUUGUCGAGAGCUGGCGCCUGGACGGCGCGCACGAUGUGCAGGGUGCGGACGACGUCGUGCAGCUGUUGUAUGGCUUCACACGCAUCACGUUCCGCUCUAUGACGGUCCUGCGCCUCCUCGUGCACAUGCUCGUCGCCGCCGAGGCGUACGCGGAGGCGGGCGCCCUCGUGGACAAGUACCGCUCGCUCGUCGACACCACGUGGGAGGCGAGCGGCCGUCCCGCGCAGCGCGACACGUCGGCUUUGCGGGCCGUGGACGGGCCGCUCGAGUACAUUGACACGCUCCUGCUCGGUGCGAUGGUGCAUCUGCGGUACCUGCGCCAGCCCAAGGACGCACUCUCACUCACAGAAGCCUUGCUCGCGCUCGUGCAGGACGCGCACGCUGCGGUGCCGUCUACGGUGGCCGCGCGUGUGUGGCGUGUGGGUGCCGAGGUGCGGGCAUCGCUGGUGCCGGCGGCGCUGCCAGCGGAGCGCUCGGCGUACCUGGUCGAGGCGCAGCAGGCGCUCGAGGAGGCCGUGUCGCUCGAUGACCAGGCGGCCGAGUCGUUCUGGGCGCUCGGCUAUGUGCAUGCACUCGCGCGCCAUGUGGAUGCGGCCACGGCCGCGGUGCGCCGGGCGAUUGAACUGGAGCCUGCAUGGAUCGAGGCGUGGCACCUGCUUGUGCUGCUCCUCACGGCACAGAAGGACUUUGCCGGAGCGCGGCGCCUCGCGGCCGAGGCACUCUCGCGCAUCGAGGCGGACGAUGAGGCGGACAUGCUGCCCGCCGGCGAGGCGCCGCGGCCGUCGACGUCCUUACGAACGCGGCUGGUGUCGCUGGACUACGAGCCGACGCCGUUCGAGCGGGCCUGCACCUAUGUGCGCCUGCUCAUGACGCACAACACGCUCGUUGAGCUGACCGAGGGCGUGCCGAGCGCGCUCGAGGACCAGCGCGACCUCUUUACGGCAUACCAGGUGCAUGUGGCGCCUCUGUCCACCACGCGCAUGGCCCCGAGCGACAUGACGGCGCAGGCGCCCGAGUUCGUGCAGCCGCCCGCCGCGGCGCUCGCCGCGUCGCCGGCCGAGGCGCGCCUCGCGUUCCGUGUGCGUGUGGCUACGCGCCUCCUACAGAGCCUCUGGCUUCAGAGUGCCGCCACGUUCCGCCGCGGCGACGACCUCGUGCAGGCGCGCAGCGCCAUCGCCGAGGCCGAGCAGCUCGACACGCGCUGGGCGGACGUGUGGGUCCAGCUGGCGCUGUGGUGCCGCGCCGCGGCGCCGCCGGUGGAGUCGGCUAUCACGUGCCUCUACAAGGCGCUCGCGUGUGAAACGGACCAUGUCGCUGCGAGUGUGCACCUGGCGCGUGUGCUGCUGGACGCGUCCGAGGAGCUCCCGCUGCGUGCGUCGCAUGCCGGCACCCUGUCGGCCGUGGCAGCGGCGCCGGAGAAUGCAAACGCGCUGAUGGAGCUCGCGCUCGUCGACGCGCAAGGGCCAGUGAGCAUGGCGAGUGCCGAGGCGCGUGCACGUGCGAGUGCGAGUCGCUCGCUCGGCUCUGCCGACAUGCCGCUCGCGCUGCCGGACGUGUCGCCGGCGUUCCAGUGGCGCACGGACGAGGCGCUAUCGACCGUGGGCCUCGCGGAAGGCCUGCUGCGCACCGCGACGCUUGGCCACGGGUGGGACGUGCCGGAGGCGUGGCAUGCGCUCGCGCAGCUUGCGCAGCGCACAGGCCGUCCCCAGACUGUGCAACGCCGCACCCUCCUCGAGGCGCUGCGCCUCGAGGCGACGCGCCCCGUGCGCGCUUGGCAUGAGACGCAGCGCACAGGACUCCCGUAG